GCAACGCAACAAAUUUGUGACUGUUUUUUUGUAACUAAUAUUUUACUUUUGAAUAGGGUCGUAGUUUUAUCCAGGAACCAAAAUGGCCAAGUCUAAAAACCACACUAAUCACAACCAAAACAAGAAGGCUCACCGUAACGGUAUCAAGCGCCCUCAAAAGCACCGUUACGACUCUCUCAAGUUCCGUGACGCCAAGUUCCGUCGUAACCAAAAGUUCGCCAACCGUGGUACUGUUGAAGCCAACAAGCAGGCUAAGGCUGCCGCUUCUGCUGGAAAUGCCUAAAUCUCUACUUAGGAGAUAAUUUAAAGAAAUUGGUAUUUUCACGUAUACAUUUCAUUGUCCGGUAGCUGGUUAUAUGUUUUUGUAAAUUCGAAUUUGGUCACUUUUACAAGUCCUUGGGCUUCAAAUUUCGGUCUCGUAAACGUGUAA